UCUUCUUUAAAUAUGAAAAAGUUAUAUUUCGUGGGUCUUUUUUCAGUGCUUGUGUUUCUGUCUGAUUCAUCUCCAGUAAGAAAUAUGCAGAAUCGCGAGUUUGAUUUGCAUAAUGCCAUGCACUAUGCUUAUGAUCGACAAAGUUUGAGGGAAGAGUUAGGGAAUGCAACCGUGGAGGAAAGAAAAGAAUUUAUUCAGUCAAUCCAGAACGACUUGAACGACAUCGACGCUUUAACAACAAAAGUACUUGGACAUGACUGGACAACAGAACUAGAUCUGACUGAAGAGGAAAUUAUGAUCCUCUACCACCUUCGGAUUAUGGAGUCCUAUCUGCCAAAUGUUGGAGGUGGCCCCAGAAGUCUUUUCUUGGGUGAUUGUAUUGAAGCGUAUAUGGAAACAAAUUACAGUAGCUUCGACACAUUCGAAGAGGCAAGGAUUGGAGCAUUGAUACAAAUUAUAACGUGUGGAAUGGUUGGCUUAAGAACAUUAGAGAACGUAUUAGAUAUAAGUGACCUUACUGAUAGUGAUUUUGAAUGUUUGGACACCUUGGCAGCCAUAUUGGAAAAACUUUCGAGGGGAGUGGCAGAAAUGUUCACUGUUGGCCGAUUCUUCGAAGUAAUUAUGACAAUUGACGGUGGUCAAUACAACGACCCAGAAUCUUUCAACAAAGCUCUGAAAGGCAAGGCUUUAUCCAAAAUGAACCGUGAACAAGGUCCUAAUGGUAAUAACAUGAGACCACCAAGACCAGGUCUAAAUGACAAUGACAUGAGACCACCAAAACCUGGUCCAAAUGGUGAUGACACGAAACAACCAAGACCUGGUCCAAAUGGCAAUGGCAUGAAACCACCACCUGGUCCAAAUGAUGACGACACGAGACAACGAUCAUCAGAUAAAAAAUCCUUUGGUGUUAACAAUAGUGAUAUAGCAUCCCGACUUCAUAGAAUCAGCAGCAUUAAGGCAAGAAAGUUGGCUGAUACUAUGAAGGAUUUCAGAUCGUCAAGAUUAAGAACCUGGUUAAAAAUGUAUUGACUGGUUAAUGAAGAAAAAAUAUGCAACUGGCUGUAAAAUUGAAAAAAAAAAUCUAUCUAAUGUAGAAAAUGUAUUCAAUAAUAAAAAUGAAUCUAGUAA